AUGCGGGAAAACGCUCAGAGCCGGGUUCGAACCCGCGCUCGAACCCAGCUUGCGAAAGAGCUCCGAGUUGGGUUCGAACCCGGACUGCCCGCUUGCGAAAGAGCUCCGAGCCGGGUUCGAGCCCGGGACGCCGCAAGUUUCCUGUCGGCGUCUUUGGUCUCUGCUGGUGACACAGAAAGGCAGGGUGGACUGGACCUCAUGGCUUCCGCACCGAUGGCUUGGGUUUGGAUCUGUUUAAUGCUAGCCCAGCUCAACAACGCAGAAAGCCACCUUUACGGUCACGGAGGUGUGGACGGCCCGGAGCAGCAGUUUCUGGCGACUCCAGAAGGCAAGACCGGCCGGAGCUCCCCGACCCCGGUGUGGCAUUUCCUCCAAGGGAGUGGGAAAAAAUCUGAUUUCAACCGGCCGCAGUAUCACUGCAGUGAUGGUGUACUUUCCUUGCGAUUUUCACUCGUCCGAUACUCAAAUAUACGCCUGGAAGAUGGGACACAGUUGUGGAAUCUGCCUGAAGAGUGUGGCAGUUGCAUGAAGUCCUACAGGACGUGGCUGCUGGUGACACUUCCUGAAACUGGAUGCUAUACAGCAACAGGGUAUGGAAAUGGAACUGGUUUGAAGCUGCAUUACUUCGACCGCCUUCUGCAGAACGACAUGAUGGGCACUGCUGUCUGCGAGGCUCCAGUAAUCUCACCACUGGUGACUUGUAAAAACAUGCAUAUCCUUGUGAAGCUUCCUCCUGAAACAAAACUGAAGAAGGUGAAAGAGUUUGAUAUUUUCACUAAUGAAGAAUACUCUGUGAAACGUCAGAAGACUCCCAGUGCUUUGUUUGUGAAGAUAUCAAGGCUCCCAGGCAAGGAUUCUGGCUUCGAAGUAGUUUAUCGUGACUCGACUGGGAAACUGUGCACAGUGCUGGCAGCUUGUUCCUCUACAUCACCAAAAAAGAUUGGGCGGCGUCAUGUGCGGAGAUCUCUGGAGGAACCACCUGAAUUUGAGUUGUGGGAUUUCCCCGUCUUCCCUGCUGAACCAUUCAAUCCACAAACCCCACUGGAAACUGGGGAAGGAACUUCUGGAGGGUCUAGCACUGGGACAGGCACCGGGACACUAGGGCCGAGCACCGGGACAGUCACUGGGAUACCAGGGUUACCAAAUGUACUUAUAUCGGAUUACUCCGAAAUCGCUGAGUUGUGGGAAAUUGACAAAAUUCCUGAAGGGCCAUACACUGGAAUUGACAUAGUGACACCAAGCGGCAUACCGGGGACACCAGGCGGCAUACCGGGGACACCAGGCGGCAUACCGGGGACACCAGGCGGCAUACCCGGGUUACUAGUAUCAGAUUACUCCGAAAUUGCUGAGUUGUGGGAAUUUGAUAAAAUUCCUGAAGAGCCAUACACUGGAAUAGAUGUAGAGAUGACUGCAUCUACCACAACGGGAAUAUCUACAACAACUAGCACUGCCACCACCACCACCACAACUGCCCGUACAACAACCACGGCCCCCCCUGCCACCACCACCACCACCCUCGAGAUGACUACGACUGCCCCCACCACCCUCGAGAUGACUACGACUGCCCCCACCACCCUCGAGAUGACUACGACUGCCCCCACCACCCUCGAGAUGACUACGACUGCCCCCACCACCCUCGAGGUGACUACGACGACGGCCCCCACCACCCUCGAGGUGACUAUGACGACGGCCCCCACCACCCUCGAGGUGACUAUGACGACGGCCCCCACCACCCUCGAGGUGACUACGACGGCGGCCCCCACCACCCUCGAGGUGACGACGACGGCCCCGCCUACCACCACCCUCGAGGUGACGACGACGGCCCUGCCUACCACCACCCUCGAGGUGACGACGACGGCCCUGCCUACCACCACCCUCGAGGUGACGACGACGGCCCCGCCUACCACCACCCUCGAGGUGACGACGACGACGGCCCUGCCUACCACCACCCUCGAGGUGACGACGACGGCCCCGCCUACCACCACCCUCGAGGUGACGACGACGGCCCCGCCUACCACCACCCUCGAGGUGACGACGACGGCCCCGUGA